AAUCAUAGAUUUUCCUCAUUUCAGCUUCCGUAUACUUACAGGCGUCCACCCUUUUACUCCUUACCUCUGCCUCCGCCUCCCUCGUCGGAACUGUUCUUAUCCACCGUCUUCUCCGGCGACAUCGCCGUCUCAAUCUUCCGACAUCCCUCUUCCAUUUCCCAAUCCCCCGAUUCUCUGAACAUCCAUUUCUGCUCACAGUUCAAUAGCCAAAGGCCAUGUCCGGUAUGUACGGUACCAACUUCUCCCCUGCAAGAACUGCUUCGCCUCACAUCAGGACUACUCCUGAUGGAGACAGUCAGUACUUGUCGGAGCUACUAGCGGAGCAUCAGAAGUUCGGCCCCUUCAUGCAAGUUCUUCCGAUCUGUAGCCGACUUUUGAAUCAAGAAAUAUUGCGGGUUUCUGGAAUGAUGUCCAACCAGGGUUUCUGCGACCUCGAUAGGCUUCAGCAUAGAAGUCCUAGUCCAAUGGCUUCUUCAAACCUUAUAUCUAAUGUUAGUACCACAGGUUUGAGUGGCUGGAAUGGUCUUCCUCAGGAGCAGAGAUUAAGUAGAGCCACCGGAAUGACAAUGGACUGGCAAAGUGCACCUGCGAGUCCUAGUUCGCUCACCGUGAAGAGAAUUCUACGUUUGGAAAUACCUGUGGAUACUUACCCCAAUUUCAAUUUUGUAGGGCGACUUUUGGGUCCUCGGGGCAAUUCCUUGAAACGUGUGGAAGUUACCACAGGUUGUCGUGUAUACAUUCGAGGGAAAGGGUCGGUAAAGGAUCCAGACAAGGAAGAGAAGUUACGGGGACGACCUGGCUACGAGCACUUGAACGAACCACUGCACAUCUUGAUUGAGGCAGAUUUACCAGCCAAUAUUGUUGAUAUAAGGCUCAGACAGGCACAAGAAAUUAUUGAAGAACUGCUCAAACCCGUGGAUGAGAGCCAAGAUUACAUAAAAAGGCAGCAGCUACGUGAACUCGCUAUGCUAAAUUCAAGUUUCAGAGAAGACAGUCCAGGACCUGGUGGUAGCGUCUCUCCAUUCAACUCAAGCGGAAUGAAACGUGCCAAAACAGGUCGUUAAGUGCUCAUAUCCUUUCUUACCUUAAAGAAUUUCUACCCCAGUCCAGAAUUCAGUCACUUGUAUAACUCGAUGUGAAUCUGACCGACCGUGUGACGUAGCUAGGAGUAAGGGGAGGCUAACUUCAGUUCCAGGUGAGCCUUCUCUCUGUGUUCGUUUAAUAUUCUUGACAAAGAGACUGGAAUUAGUAAAAAAAAAAAGAGAGUGAAAAGGAAAAAACAGUAGGGGAUGGAUUAUAUGUUGAGUGUAGGUUUGAUAGGUCAGUUUUUCCAACAAAGUUAAUAUAUUCAUUGGAUUUAUUCUUGUGUUAGGGACUGCUGAGGAGUGUGUAGUUUUACAUUAUUAAUGCAAAAACAUUAGGAAGUGAUGAAUGUAAUAUUGUUUGAUAUUUCUUAGGUGUUGUAAUGUAAGCAAUGUCAGUGUCAAUUAUAUUUUUGGAAUGAUAUGUGAAAGAACAGUGCAAAAACUCAAUCAAUGUGCUGCUCAGUUUGUGUUUGCUAUC